AUAUAUAGCAAGAUUCGCAAAUUAUUGCAUCAGUCGAGUUUUAGCUUCUUGAAAAUAUAAUAAACAUGUCUGGAGUUCUGCAAAUAGGUAUUUACACUUCCGAGAAAGUCGGAAGCGACGAAAGCGGCGAUGGUACACAGCGAAAGCCAUUCAAGACUGUGUUGAAAGCCAUGCUCAAAGCUGGAGGAGAGCCUUUUCCGGUGAUUUACGUUGAUGGAAAUGAAGGUGUCAAGUUCGAACCGGCCACAAAAUCGCAGCUGAAGAAAGUCUUCAAGCUCUUUGUCAAAGAGCAAUGCAAGUCCGAGGAUAAGCUUAAGAAAGAGAAGGAUGACGAGGAGAAGAGAAACAAGAACCUUGAAGAGGCCAAGAGGAUUGUCAUCAAGGAGGAUAAAUCUUUGCCUGUCGCAAAUAGAAUUAAAAUAAUUGAAGGAAAGAAGCACAGAGGCCAGAGGGUGACAAUUUACGGAUGGGUGCAUAGGCUUCGACGUCAAGGUAAAAAUUUGAUGUUCAUAACGCUGAGAGAUGGUUCGGGUUUCCUUCAGUGCGUUCUCAACGAUUUACUCUGUCAGACGUAUAAUGCCGUCGUUCUGUCCACUGAAUCUUCUGUGAAAUUCUUCGGUUACAUCAAGGAAAUUCCCGAGGGCAAAAACGCACCUGGAGGCCAUGAAUUGCACGUUGAUUAUUGGGAGCUUGUGGGCUUGGCUCCAGCAGGAGGUGCGGAUGCUAUCCUCAACGAGGAGGCUCUACCGGACGUUCAAGCCGAAAACAGACACAUCAUGAUCCGCGGCGAAAACACUUCGAAGGUGCUCAUGAUGAGAUCAGUUUUGCUACAAGCUUUCAGGGAUCAUUACAUGUCUAGAGGAUAUUGCGAGGUAACGCCUCCCUCGAUAGUCCAAACGCAAGUGGAAGGCGGCUCCACACUCUUCAAACUCGACUACUUCGGCGAAGAGGCGUAUCUCACGCAAAGCUCGCAACUUUAUUUGGAAACCUGUCUCGCUUCUAUGGGAGAUGUCUACUGCAUCGCUGAGAGUUUCAGGGCGGAGCAGAGCAGGACGAGGAGACAUUUGGCCGAAUACACUCACGUCGAAGCUGAAUGUCCGUUCAUCUCUUUCGAAGAUCUUCUGGAUCGUCUCGAAGACUUGAUCUGCGAUGUCGUCGACCGCGUAUUGAAAUCUCCGUGGGGUCACGUCGUUUACGAGUUGAACCCCGACUUCAAGGUGCCCCAAAAGCCCUUCAUGCGCAUGAACUACACGGACGCUAUUGAGUAUUUGAAGAAGCACAACAUCAUCAAAGAGGAUGGAAGCUUCUACGAGUUUGGCGAAGACAUUCCGGAGAUGCCCGAACGCAAGAUGACCGAUCAGAUCAACAAGCCGAUUAUGCUGUGCCGUUUUCCUGCAGCAAUCAAGUCAUUUUACAUGCCCAGAUGCCCGGAGGAUAAUAGGUUGACGGAAAGCGUGGAUAUUCUGUUGCCGAAUGUCGGAGAAAUCGUCGGUGGGUCAAUGAGGAUUUGGGAUCUCGAGGAAUUGAUGAAAGGUUUUGAGAGAGAAGGAAUCGAUCCGGAACCUUAUUCCUGGUACAUUGAUCAACGCAAAUACGGUUCCUGUCCACACGGAGGCUACGGUCUUGGAUUGGAGAGAUUUGUUUGUUGGCUGCUCAAUCGUUACCACAUCCGCGAAGUCUGCUUGUAUCCACGCUACUUGAACCACUGCAGACCCUAAUUGCAUUUAUAAACUAAUAACAUUUAUGUAAUCUAUUACUAACACAAAUAUUUUAACUGU